AUGAGCUUUUUAAUCUUUCAACAUUUGCAGCGAGUUCGCUCGGUUUUCUUGCAUGUUGGCCUUGUGACAUUGUGUGUAUCGUAUAUUUUGAUCGGAGCACAAGUUUUUCUCCUAAUCGAGCGCCCGGUUGAGCAAAGAGCAAAAGAAAUGGCAGCAAUGAGAUUUCACCAAAUGAAAGAGGAUUUCAUCUCGAAUCUUUCUGCUAAUCCAAAAGAUUUUGAUCGUUUAAUCGAUGAAUACACGAGAGAAAUGUUUCGAAUCUUUGAACAAGAACCCUACGCUGGGAAUACAUUCGAAUUGAUGGAAAAGACGAAUUUCUCAAUCCCUCAAGAGAAUCAAUGGACUUUUGCGAGUGCUGUUCUUUUCACAAGCACUACUGUAAUCCCUGUUGGUUAUGGCUUCAUCGCUCCAUCGACAUCUCUUGGAAGAGCUUUUGUCAUCAUUUAUGGAAUGAUCGGUAUCCCAUUGGCACUUGUCACUAUGGCUGAUGCGGGGAAAUUUCUCUCGAAAUUUGUUCUCGAUUUCUUUGAAGAGAGUCUCGUCAUUCCGACGAUCAUGUUCGUCUCAUUUCUUGUCGUUUACCCACUCCUUGGUGGCAUUAUUUUUAACUUUUUCACAGGUAUGUCGAUUCUCGACGCGAUCUACUUCUCGUUAACCUCAAUUUUCACGAUUGGUUUUGGCGAUAUUAUGCCAGACGUCGGCGUGCUCAGCUUGGUCGCCUUUAACAUCAUUGGUGUGAUUUUAGUGACAAUUUCAGUUGAAUGGGUAGCCGCCGAGGCCAUCAAUCAUGUACAUUAUAUGGGAAGGCAAGUGGGACGGGCGAGGCUGUUGGCUGAGAAAAUGAUACAUAUCGCUCAAUCACUAAGCGUCAACAAAGGGAUCGGUGCCGGGAUGACUCAAUUGCAUGCAUUAGCUAAAUUCGGAAUGUUUGCCAAGAAUUCCGAAGAAUCAUUGGAGAAAAAGAAAAGCUUUUGCGGGUGUUUUCAAUCAGAAAAAUACAAACAGAAAAACUCGCUGGCCGCCUUUUUGCAGAAUUAUGCGUUCGAGACGCCAACCGCCAACCACCAAGGUCAACCGACGACCGUUCAAUUCAUUCAUGAGCAACCGAAAAUCGCUUUUGAACCGGAUUUGGAUGAUGAAGAUUUUCAAUAUAUGGAUCACGGCGUAUCAACCGAUAUCCGAGCAUCGGCUUUGCAUUUGAAUUUGUAUGAUUUU